UUCAAACAAUGAGAGCUGUUUCCCCAUCUCACACCUGCAUUCACUAUAUUUGGUCUCCCUGGACCCUGCAUUCACUAUAUCUGGUCUCCCCGGACCCUGCAUUCACUAUAUCCGGUCUCCCCAGACCCUGCAUUCACUAUAUCCGGUCUCCCUGGACCCUGCAUUCACUAUAUCUGGUCUCCCACAGUACACACAACAUGGAACUGCACUCUCCCAAGAAAAAAAAGAAAUCCUCUCUAGCAAUACACCCCAAACUGAGCAAGUGCAGAGUGUCUCCACAUUUAUCAGGAGAUAGG